AUGCCGUUGAUACAGAGUGAAGAAGAAUGGCUGGAGCAAACUGCAAAGGCUCAACGGGAGGCCGAGGAGGUCGAGGCGGAAGAUCCGUCGCUCAAUGAUGCACCGGUUCAUCCAAUUGCUCAGCUUCAAGGACCUUUCGAGGAGUCCAUUGCUGAGUCCACAGUUGGAUCGCACAGCAAUUGGCAAGUCUUUAUAGAUGCACAUGCUCGGCGGAAUCAGAUAUUGACGGCCUCUGUAUACGAGCGAUUGUUAUCUCAGAUAGCCUUCGGUCUUCAUUUACUCGCUCAAGGCUUGGCCAAGUCUGAGCCUGCUGUGAUCAAAAUCCUGCAAGUACACGUGGCCGAACUCGAUGGCUUCAUUGAGAAUACUACAGAAGAUAUAGUCAUUGCAUUCAGCGAUAUUGAAGAGCGCUUGACUCACCUGCGCCUACCCCUGGGAAACAUUCCAUUAUUCAGCGAUAUGCUAGCGGAUGAAGCCUUUCGAAAAACUGUCAUCAGGGACCACGAACGCAUACAGCAUAUAAUUCAACGGAGCGCCCUCGCUAUGGAUGAUCACGCUAAGGAUAUAGAAAAGGGCUUACAGUCUGUUCGAAUCCUUGGCAUAUAUCUCCUGGAAUUAAGGGAGGAUUGGAAUGAUCAGACCGGUAGCCUUGAUGCGGUUUACACUGCCAUGGUUGGCAAUGUCGAUGGCUGGAAGCGAGAAUUCAAACGUCUAAAGCGUAAGGCUUAUAAGCUCGCCAAGAGUCUUACCAUGCUACAUCAAGUCGCUUUUGAGAUACAACGACUUGUAAUUCCCAGGCCGGUGUCUCGGGCCGAAGGCCAACAGAAGAAAGUGAAGAACACAACUAACGGACUAUCAAAACUUAUGCACAGCCCGCUUCCACAAUCGCCAGCAGAACCAAUCGCUUAUACCGCCAAGGCCCAGACAGUCUCGAUCGUUGCAGGUUUUACUCCAACGACACUAGUCAAGACAACAUAUCAACAAGAAAGCCCGGUGUCGAACAGGCCUGGUUCUGUGUUUCGUCGUGGCCACCAGCAGAAGCCUUCGGAGUAUAAGAAAGAAUUGAGCAAUAAGACGGAUCGCUACUACGCUCGUCCGAACACUGGCAAUAUGACGCCACGACGAUCUGUUACAGCACCAGUAGUCUCAGAGAGCAAGAGCAAGGAUGUCGUUCGAAAGGAACGAAAAGGGGAACCACAACGGCCAAAGACGUCCUCUUCCAAAGCUGUGGAGCGCUUCGGCAUACCAGAAAAGGAAUCAAAUAGACCGCUGUCUAGGCUUAGCUCCAAGAUUGACCGGUUCCAGAAGUCGACCUCCAAGAUUUUCAGUGUUUCGGCUUUCUCCAGAAGUCACACGAAGAAAAAGACCAAGUCUGAGUCCAAACUAGAAAUCACUCCAAAGGAGUCUUUGAAGCCCAUGGAGCGAUCAUGGAUCGAUUUUGAUACUCACGACAAGCAAAUGAGUUGGUCUCAUCAACCAGGAACCCAAUCUGACGUUCACACUUUAGCAUCUAGAAAGAACACUGCGCCGGAGUUUCCUCACUUGUUUUACAUGUCGUUCCUAGAGGACCAGUCAGCAAGUGAUGAAGAAGACCUGAAGUCACCGGACGAGGAGGACAUGAAGAAUUUAAUAGUCGAGGAAAACGAUCUCGAACAUCAAAUUACAGCUUUACCCGCUGUAACAAAAUCCAUGGAUGGUUCGAGAGAUAAAUCCUGCGAAAAAGAUGACAUGGCAGCCGAAGUCGCUUCCACCUACUCGGCAAAGAACCGCAGAUUUAGAGCGAAGAACCUACAUGUACCGCCUCUCCCUAAACCCAAAUUUGGUAAACCCUCAAAUCCAGACAACAAUCAUGUGAUUUACCAGAAUCGCAAUUGGCUGCGCCCAAAGCCCUCUACUGUCUUCUCCUUUAUCUCUUCCAAGAAGGGCGCAGAUGAGAGCUCACUGAACUCGCCUUCUCUGUUCAGAACUAGACAUGGUUCCGGCAUAUCUGAAACGCCAUCAAGACCGAUGUCAUCUCAAACAAACCAUGUACAUGGGUCGACUACACCUGUACCAUCAUUCAACCCGACAUGGGCUGCACCCAAGGAUGUGUCUGCCAGGAAUUUGGAAACGCCUCCAAUAUCCCCGAAGGCGUUAUCUUCGGCUACAGCGGGUGCCAACAUGAGACCAGGAACAAGCCAAUCCAGUGCUCGUGGGAGUAUAAGAGAUAAUUCAGGCCCCACAAAUGAGAUGCCCAAGAAUACUUCUACUGUCAACACACACGAGAGAAGUGUAUCGAGCGCUACGAAAGCGAGAGGCAAUAGCGAUAUUCGGAGUGCAUCUCCCCUCAGCGUUACCACCACACUCGAGAAGCCCCAACAUGGAGGUCUCAGUCUUUUUCCUCGAACACCAACAACACCGCGAGUUCGAAAGUUUGUCUCAAUGACUUCACUCAGGGAGGUCACGGCUGCGGAUGAUAUUGAUGAUCGACCUCCUAGAAGCAGAGGAUAA